AUGUCAAUUUCACAAGAUCAAAUACAACAAUUGGUCAACGAUUGGACUUCAAUUGAUCCGAACCCAGAUACAAGGAAGGAAGUUAACGAUUUAUUUGAGAAGAAACAAUAUGAUAAGUUGAUAUCCAAAUUAUAUCCCAGAAUUGCGUUCGGAACAGCUGGUUUAAGAUCAUCAAUGGAAUCUGGAUUUGCUCAUAUGAAUGAUGUUACGGUUUUACAAGCAUCACAAGGUUUGGUUGCAUUUUUGAUUUCAAAGUUUGAACACCCUUCAAUUGUAGUUGGAUAUGAUCAUAGAUAUCACUCACAAAGAUUUGGAGAAAUUUUAGCGAGUGUUGCUUUAUUAAAAGGUUUAACCGUUUAUUAUUUAGGAUCGACUUCAAAUUUAUCGAAAGAAUCAAUUGAAUUGUCCAAGACCAAAUUUGAAAAUGACGGUAAUGCACAAAGAGAUUAUGUACAUACCCCAAUAGUUCCUUUUGCAAUUGAUACUUUGAAAGCAUCGGGUGGUGUUAUGAUCACUGCCUCUCAUAAUCCAGCUAAUGAUAAUGGAUAUAAAGUAUACUACAAUAAUGGUUGUCAGAUCAUUCCUCCAAUAGACGCAGACAUUUCCAAAUCAAUUGAUAACAAUUUGAAUCCAUGGAGUGAUCAAGUUUGGAACAUUACCGAAAAUUUUUUAAAAGGUUUAAAAAAUGGCAGCUUGAAUGUUGUCAGAGAUGAAAUUAUAGAGCAAUACGUUCAGGGAGUUAAAGAUAAACUACUAAAAGAUGAUGAAUUAAAGUUCAAAUUUGUCUAUACUCCAAUGCAUGGAGUUGGGUUGGAAACUUUUGAAAAGUGUAUGAAUUUAUUUAGCAAAAAGGAUUAUUCGGUUGUGUUAAAACAAGCUAAAACAGAUCCUGCUUUUCCAACAGUGAGUUUUCCAAAUCCUGAAGAAAAAGGAGCAUUAGAUCUAGCAAUGGAACAAGCAGCUAAUGAACAUGUCCCAUUAGUCAUUGCUAAUGAUCCUGACGCUGACAGAUUUAGUUGUGCCGUAGUUGAUAAAAAUGGUAAAUUUAAACAAUUGACAGGAAAUGAAAUUGGAUUUUUAUUUGCAAUGUACAUAAUUGAAAAUACCCCAAAAUCAGAAUUAUCAAAAACUUAUUUGCUAAACUCAACUGUUUCCUCACAGAUCUUAAAAUCAAUGGCUGACAAAGACGGUUUUAAAUUUUUGGAUACCUUAACUGGUUUUAAAUGGAUUGGUAAUAAAUCAAUUGAUUUAAUAAAGGAAGGAAAUCGGGUUCCUUUUGCUUUUGAAGAAGCUAUUGGUUUUAUGUUUGAUUUGAUCCACGAUAAAGAUGGAGUUUCUGCAGCUGUAGUAUUUUUACAAUUGUAUCAAAAAUGGUUUGGCCCAGGUGACACUAAUGUAUUUGAUAAGUUAGAGGAAGGUUAUAGAAAAUAUGGAUGGUUCAAAGAUUUAAAUGGGUAUUACAGAUUGAAUGACUUAAGUCUAACAAACAAGAUUUUUGAAGAAGUGAGAAAAUCUUAUUACCCAAAUGAUUAUCCUAAAAGCAUUGGUGAUUUUGAAGUUGAAACUUGGAGAGACUUAACUGUGGGAUAUGACUCAUCCACUCCAAAUCAUAAGCCUAAUUUACCUUCGGAUCCUCAUAGUCAAAUGAUUACAGCUGUUUUGAAACCGAAGCAACAACCAAACGAUGAUCCGGAUCUCUCUGUGAGAUUUACAUGUAGGGGAUCAGGUACUGAACCAAAAAUUAAAAUAUAUGUGGAGGGAAAAUCUACCGUCGGUGAAUCAGACGCCAUUAAAAUAGCUGACGAUUGUUGGGAAACACUCAAAAAGUUCUGGUUCAAACCAAGUUAUUAUGGUUUACAAGAGAUGAAACCAUAA